GCUAAAUUUAUCUGUAGACCCCGGCCGCGCCAGCUGCGAAUCGGAUCUUUAUGGAGGUGGCGUAGCCGAUGUCUCUGGGCUGAGAGCAUCACCCUGUCUCGGAAUCCUUCUUUCCUCUGUUUUGUUUUUCAUUCCUCUCCUUUCCCCUGCCCCUUCCAGUCUGCGACGACUGGCUCUUGACCCUGUUUCAGGCCUCGGUGAAGGCUUUUGGUUAUUUCCCUUCCCACCCUGUCCUUUAAUUUUAUUCUUUUGAAGAGUCUGCAUUUCAAGCUGUCAAGGUGAAGAGUGACUACAGAAGGGAAUACUACUCAUUUCAGGUAUCUUAUUCUCUAGCCAUUAACAGGAGAGCCAUUUUGAUUCAGGAUCUAACAUGAGAACACAAAGCUUAGUCUAUAGCCAAAUUAUGAAUUAAAAGUAGCUCUAUUCCUCAGCUUAUGGGGCUAAUAGUAUUUUUUAGUAAUCCUUAAAUACCAUUGCCUUUUUAGUUACACAUAUGAAGAAUAAACCUUGUAAAAUAAGAGUUUAUGUUUUCUUUAGGUCCUGAUUAAGUCUUCACUUGUAAUAUAGUGGAAUGCAGAGUAAUCCAUAAUACAUUACUUUGAACGAUCCUCAAGUUUAGAUAAUAUAAAUAUUUAUAUACGUUUAAUUCCAGAGAAAUAGUACCUAAUUUGGGGGCUACAAUUUAUUCUUCAUUGUUAACAUGUAAUAUUUAUGACAGAAUUCUGUAUUUUGCAAAAUUUUGAACUCUGUAUGUAUUUUUAAUAUACCUCAUCAGAAUUGUUGCUAGCCCUCAAGGGAGACUUUGUAUGUAUAAUACUAUCGACAAUAAAUCUAAUGAUAAUAGGCAUGAGAAAGCUAAAAGAAAUUUUAAGAUACUGUAUCAUCAGACAGGGCUGAUAAAUCUUGGCCCAUACUCUCUGCUUUUGUACAUAAAGUUUUAUUGAAACACAUCCAUGCCUAUUCUUCUAUGGCUGCUGUCAUGUUACAACUGCAGAGUUGAAUAGUUGCAACAGAGAUUGUAUAGCCUACAAAGCCAAAAAUAUUUAUAUACAGCCCUUUACUAAAAAAAGUUUGCUAAUGCCUACCAUGAGACGUGAAUUCUUCAAGUUCCCUUUCUUAAAAAGAUAUUUACUCUUAUUUCUUAGCUUGUUGAUUCCCAAAUUAUAUUUUAUAGAAUAUUAAUAUUCCCUAGGUUAAUGUUUUAAGGAAAAGAUUGAUGCUAACAGUAGUUUUUAUUUUCAUGUGAUAAUCUACCUUUAAGAAAAGGUGUGCCAUGCCUGAAAGCACCAGGAAGUCGAAUGAGACAUCACCUGAUACACGAACAUAUGAUGUUCCAUCUGCUCAUUGAUGCAUAGGCAGCGCUUACACAUUAACCGAUGUAUUACUGUACGUCAUCUCUUUGAUGGUUGUUCGUCGUCUUUUAUCCUGCCUUAUAAUUACAACACAUUUGUGAUAAUCAAUGUUUACUCUAAAUUAACCAUGUUUUGUACCACAAACUCAUUGCCCAUGGAUCUGUUGCUGAAACAAGGAAAUCUUAAACAAGUAGAAUCUUUUUGUUACCAAAUUGUGUCUGACUCAAAUGAUCAAAAGGUUGGAAUAUUACAAAGUGAAGAUGAACAGUUACAGCCUUCAGUUUCUAAAAAAUCAGAAAGUGAGCUUCCCAGGGUCAAAUUUAUGUCUGAUUCCAGCAAAAUAGCAUUUAGUAAAAAACCAAAAAGAAGAAAAUAUGAUGAAAGUUAUUUGUCUUUUGGAUUUACUUACUUUGGAAAUAGAGAUGCACCUCACGCUCAGUGUGUACUAUGUAAGAAAAUUUUAUCAAAUAGCUCUUUGGCCCCUAGUAAGCUUCGAAGACAUUUGGAAACUAAACAUGCUGCAUAUAAAGACAAAGACAUAAGCUUUUUCAAGCAACAUCUUGAUUCGCCUGAGAAUAAUAAACCCCCAACACCUAAAAUUGUCAAUACAGACAAUGAAAGUGCUACAGAGGCAUCAUACAAUGUAAGUUACCACAUUGCCCUGAGUGGAGAGGCUCAUACUAUUGGAGAAUUGCUUAUCAAACCUUGUGCAAAAGAUGUAGUGAUGCGGAUGUUUGAUGAACAAUAUAGUAAAAAAAUAGAUGCAGUACAACUAUCAAACAGUACUGUUGCACGUCGAAUUAAAGAUCUAGCUGCUGACAUUGAAGAAGAGCUUGUUUGUAGACUGAAAGUUUGUGAUGGUUUUUCUCUGCAACUAGAUGAAUCCGCUGAUGUUUCAGGACUUGCUGUGUUGCUUGUGUUUGUUCGUUACAGGUUUAAUAAGUCUAUUGAGGAAGAUCUACUAUUGUGUGAAUCUUUGCAAAGUAAUGCUACUGGUGAAGAAAUAUUCAACUGCAUCAACAGUUUUAUGCAGAAACAUGAAAUUGAAUGGGAAAAAUGUGUUGAUGUUUGUAGUGAUGCUUCUAGGGCAAUGGAUGGGAAAAUUGCUGAGGCUGUCACUUUGAUAAAAUAUGUAGCUCCUGAAAGCACCAGUAGUCACUGCCUAUUAUAUAGACAUGCACUAGCAGUUAAAAUAAUGCCCCCAUCUCUAAAAAAUGUGUUAGAUCAGGCCGUACACAUCAUCAACUAUAUUAAAGCUCGACCACAUCAAUCCAGACUACUAAAAAUUUUAUGUGAAGAAAUGGGUGCCCAACACACAGCACUUCUCCUGAAUACAGAAGUGAGGUGGCUUUCUCGCGGUAAAGUUCUUGUUAGACUUUUUGAGCUUCGACGUGAACUAUUGGUUUUCAUGGAUUCUGCUUUUCGACUAUCUGAUUGUUUGACAAAUUCGUCUUGGCUGCUAAGACUUGCAUAUCUUGCAGAUAUUUUUACUAAAUUAAAUGAGGUUAAUCUGUCAAUGCAAGGGAAAAAUGUGACGGUCUUUACAGUAUUUGAUAAAAUGUCAUCAUUGUUAAGAAAAUUGGAAUUUUGGGCGUCAUCUGUAGAAGAAGAAAACUUUGAUUGUUUUCCUACACUCAGUGACUUUUUGACUGAACUUAAUUCUGCAGUUGAUAAAGAUAUUUGCAAUGCCAUUGUACAACACCUAAGGGGUUUGCGCUCUACUCUGUUAAAAUAUUUUCCCGUAACAAAAGACAAUAAUGCUUGGGUUAGAAAUCCUUUUACUGUAACUGUUAAACCUUCCUCAUUAGUAGCACGGGACUACGAGAGUUUGAUUGAUUUAACAUCUGAUUCUCAAGUAAAACAAAAUUUCAGUGAACUUUCAUUAAAUGAUUUUUGGAGUAGCCUAAUUCAAGAAUACCCAAGCAUUGCAAGUCGUGCAGUUCGCGUACUUCUUCCUUUUGCUACAAUGCACUUAUGUGAAACAGGGUUUUCAUAUUAUGCUGCAACAAAAACAAAAUAUAGGAAAAGACUUGAUGCAGCUCCUCAUAUGCGGAUCCGACUUAGCAACAUUACACCUAAUAUUAAGCGGAUAUGUGAUAAAAAAACACAAAAACACUGUUCUCAUUAAAACUGGAGAGUUUUGCAUGUCUUGAUAACCAAAUGUAAGAUGAAAAUAAAAGAUGAUUUACUUCA